GUUUUUGAAACGUUAAGACGUGCCAUAAAAAAAGAUUAAUACUUUAAAAAAAAUUAUUUUCAUAUUUCCGAGUAAAAAAAUAAAUAGUGAUCAGUAAAGAUGUCUGUCUACUCAAGUGAUUACAGCAUGUCGAGCAUUAAUAGUAUCAAUGAAAACAUCUACAAUACACAAAAACAACAGAAAUCACCAAAAUAUCGAUUGAGAAAAAUUUUCAAGCCAAUUUUGAAGAUGCUUUUGCAAAGAAAGAAGAAAGUCUGUGAAUUCAAAAAAUCAGCCAUUAACGACUACGAUUAUUCAACAGAGAUUUGUGAUAAUGCCUCAAACGAAACCUUGGAGACUCGCAUUUUUGACGAAAUUAAAGAUAGCAAUAAUAACUCUGCAAUCUAUGUCUUUGGUCAAGAAGAGGAUUACUUAAUGAAAGUUGAUAAACAGCAGUCGUUUGUUCCAGUACAUUUUGCAAGAACAGAGACGGGAACUUUCUUUUGGACAUCAUUCAAUGAUCAAGGUUAUUGUCACCAAGAAAAUUUACCUCAACAUCAGUUUCAUAGAUUUGAUAGAUGGGUUCAAGCAUAGAUUGUAAGCUUAAAAAUUUUAAGGAAUUAAUUUUAGAGCUAGAUAUUAAGGAAUUGUAAAACUUUAUGUAUAGAAAAUUUUGUCUUCC